CCAUAUGUAUGUCUCCGUUUUUCUCUCUAUUGACAUACACAAAAUGGUUACAAAAGAUAAAUAUUAAAUUAUUAAGCUGUAUGUAACAAUAAAAGGGGAUAUCUGUUGAAAGUAAUCUCAAUCAUCCAGACCAUAAUCAGCAGAAAGGAGGAAAACAAGUUGUGGAGAUAAGCAAGUAAUGGCCAGUGAACACGAAAAGAACUUGGUCGAAAUCUUGGGAGAAGAUUACCCAAUUGAUAUCAACAAGUACACAAAUUUUGUCCACUCCCCACAAUGUGGUGCGAUUGCCACUUUCUUUGGCAAUACCCGUGAUACGUUUGAUGGAAAGACCGUAGUAGAAUUAAGAUACGAAGCAUAUGUGCCAAUGGCUAUGCGUUGCCUCAAUACCAUAUGUUCAUCAGCUCGGUCCUUGUGGAAUCUCAAUGCUAUUGCUGUGGCUCACCGAUUGGGCCGUGUUUCAGUGGGUGAAACGAGUGUGUUUGUUGCUGUUUCCUCAGUUCAUCGGGUUGAUGCAUUAGAUGCUUGCAAGUUUGUGAUUGAUGAGAUCAAGGCCUCAGUUCCCAUAUGGAAAAAAGAGGUUUACUCAAAUGGUGAAGUUUGGAAAGAAAACUUAGAGUUUCUUGAAAGAAGGCCGGAGAUUGGGAACAGUAGAGGUUGUUGUAGACCAAAAGUGAAGGUGGAGAGUGAGGAAGUGGCAGCACCUGUAAAAAAUUCUUGUUGCAGGCCAAAGGUAAAGGUGGAAGAUGAUGGAUCCGUAAAAUCUGGCAAUGAUAAUCCAUGAUUGUCAAGAAUUUUUUAUACAGAAGGUUACACCUACUGCUGGGCAAUUGCUUAGUUGAUACUAUUUCAUGUUGAAUGCCUUUAUGUGCUGGUACUAAUCUUGUUUUGAUGGAGUAAUAAUGUUAUUUCAAUUUAGUUUAGAAA